AUGAAGGAAGCAUUGGUUAGCAAGGGACCUUCAGUCGAGAUCGUCGAUAAUCCCAUCCCGACACCCGGACCGGAUCAGGUUCUGAUUAAAGUUAUUGUGAGCGGGACAAAUCCUAAGGAUUGGAAGGUCCCUGAAUGGAUGGACCGAACUGACAACCAGGGCGAUGAUAUCGCUGGUAUUGUCGCCGCCGUCGGCGACAAUGUCACCGAGUUCAAGCCCGGUGACCGCGUAGCUGCGUUCCAUCAGAUGCUGGAACCCCAUGGCAGUUACGCCGAGUAUGCCAUUAGCUGGCAGCAUACUACUUUCCACAUUCCCAAGUCCACAAGCUUUGAAGAAGCUGCUACGUUACCCCUUGCAGCUAUGACAUCGGCCCUUGCAUUGUACCACCACCUCAGCCUGCCUGAACCAUGGCGUCCGGCGACUUCCCGUAUCCCGCUGGUUAUCUACGGCGGCGCUACAGCAGUCGGAGCCUUUGCUAUUCAAAUGGCUGUCAAGAGUAACAUUCACCCCAUUAUCACCGUCGCGGGACGUGGCAUCCCAUUCGUGGAGAGUCUCAUCGACCGGUCCAAGGGUGACACCAUCGUCGACUACCGCAAGGGCGAUGAGUUCGUCGUCUCCGAAAUUAAGAAGGCGCUGAAAGCUUCUGGAUCGGACGAGACGCUCUUGCAUGCUUUUGAUGGCGUUAGCGAGGGAAGUAGCAUUACUAACCUCGGAAAGGUGGUAUCGCAGGGAGGAAAGAUCGCCUUUGUUCUGCCUGUGGAGGAUGAUGCCCUUCCUGCAGGUAUCAACAAGGCCAAGACGAAUGUUGGUUGUGUUCAUGCUGACCAGAAGGACUUUGGCUUUGUUCAUUUCAGAUACAUCGCCAAGGGACUGUUGGAUGGGUGGUUCAAGCCUCAUCCGCACGAGGUCGUGCCGGGUGGUCUCGGGGGACUUCAGCAGGCCUUGACUGAUUUGAAGAACGGUAAGGCGAGCGCGGUCAAGUAUGUGGUGAGAGUAGGAGAGACCCAGGGUGCGAUUGCAUAG